UGCCUCCGGUCCCCUCCUACUCCAGCCCAGCUGUUUCCCCAUCUUCUCCCCUCCUGGCUGCAGCCUAAUCCCACAGCCCCUUCUCUGCCCACCUUGGCAUCUUCCAAGAGGCGUGGGCAGUGUCUGCAAUUGAGCCAAGGUCCCUGGGAAACUCACCAGCUACUCAGCCUCGUGUACUUUUCUCCUGGCUUCUCACGCCGAAAAUGCACUGAUGCUGACCAGGACAUGUAUUCCUCUGAGAAACGCUGGACAGCAGAUUUGGGUUUAGUACCUGAUCCGGACCACAGACAGAGCCACCUCCAGCCAUGGUUUCCAGUAGCGCUGCCUUGCGCUUGUCUGUUUCCGUUCGCUGCUGAAUGUGUGAGGGACCGCAUGACACUCUCGGUGUGCCUGUGACCUCUGGGCGACGAUGAGUCUUGCAAGAGAUAGGUUUGCUCUAUGAGGACUGAGGCCGUUGUGAAUUCCCAAGGCCAGGCUGGUUCCCUAACAAAGGAUUCAGACCAGGAUGUAGCACUCAAACUUGCCCAGGAACGAGCUGAAAUAGUUGCUAAAUAUGACAGAGGACGCGAAGGCGCAGAGAUCGAGCCUUGGGAAGAUGCCAAUUACCUGGUUUACAGAGUCACGGAUCGAUUUGGCUUCUUACAUGAAGAGGAGCUCCCCUCUCACAACGCGGCUAUGGAGCGGCAAAAGCACCUGGAAAUUGAAAGAACUACUAAAUGGCUAAAAAUGCUGAAAGGAUGGGAAAAAUACAAGAACACUGAAAAGUUUCAUAGGAGAAUUUACAAAGGAAUCCCACUCCAGCUCAGAGGUGAAGUCUGGGCUCUACUCCUGGAGAUCCCGAAAAUGAAGGAAGAAACAAGAGACCUUUAUAGUAAAUUAAAGCACAGAGCCCGGGGCUGCUCACCAGAUAUCAGACAAAUAGACCUUGAUGUCAACCGCACAUUUAGGGACCAUAUCAUGUUUCGAGACAGAUACGGUGUUAAGCAACAAUCCCUGUUCCAUGUCCUUGCUGCAUAUUCUAUUUAUAACACGGAAGUUGGAUACUGUCAGGGCAUGAGCCAGAUCACAGCUUUACUCCUCAUGUAUAUGAAUGAAGAAGAUGCCUUCUGGGCCCUGGUCAAACUGUUCUCGGGCCCCAAACAUGCCAUGCAUGGGUUUUUUGUCCAUGGUUUUCCCAAACUCUUGAGGUUUCAAGAACAUCAUGAAAAAAUACUGAAUAAAUUUUUGUCCAAGCUUAAGCAGCACUUGGACUCUCAAGAAAUCUACACAAGUUUUUACACAAUGAAGUGGUUUUUUCAGUGUUUCCUUGAUCGUACUCCCUUCACCCUCAACCUCAGGAUAUGGGACAUCUACAUCUUUGAAGGAGAGCGAGUCCUUCCUGCCAUGUCUUACACAAUCUUGAAAUUACACAGAAAACAUCUUAUGAAAUUGUCAAUGGAAGAACUUGUAGAAUUUCUCCAGGAGACCUUGGCAAAGGAUUUUUUCUUUGAAGAUGACUUUGUGAUAGAGCAACUUCAGAUUUCUAUGGCAGAACUCAAGCGGGCAAAAUUAGACCUUCCGGAACCUGGUAAAGAGGAGGAGUUUCCAAAGAAACCUUUGGGACAACUUCCACCUGAAUGUCUGUCGGCUGGCGUGAGUCACCUGAGCAACGGACAGAGAAGUGUGGGCAGGUCGAGCCCCCACCCGGGCGGCAGAAGAGAGAGCGGCUCGGCGCCUCACAAACCGCUCGAGCAUCCCCCUGCGCAUCAAGGAAAAAGUGGAACCCCGGAGAGAGGGAGGCAGCCCAGACGGAAGUCGCUGGACGAGGAGACUAAGAAGCUGAAAGAGGAGGCCGAGUUUCAGAGAAGACUGCCGGCCGCUGCCCAGGACGGUUCCAGGCAGUACAACCAUGCCGCCGCCAACCAAAACAGCAACGCCACUUCCCACGGCAGGAAGGAGUUCGUGCCCAAGUGGAAUAAACCGUCCGACGUGUCGGCCGUGGAGAGAAGCGCCAAGUACGCCCUGGAAAGCCGAGCUCGCGCCGCCCACCCCGCCGCCCCGCGGGUGCCCAACGUGAGGCAGAAGGUGAAGGUUCUGGACGCGGACGAGGGGAAGCGCGGCUCCAACGCGUCCCAGUACGAUAACGUGCCCGACGGCGAGAGCGGCGCAGUGGAGGAGGCGCUGGAGAGGGCGCGCGCGCCCAGCCCGCGGAGGCCGGCGGCGUCGGGGGCCAGUCCGGCCAGGGCGCCGCCCGCGUUCACGCUGCCCGCGCCGCCGCCGAGUCACGCGAGGCCCCCGGCUCAGGCUCAGGCUCAGGCAGACGGGGAAGACCGCGGGCCCGCCCCGUCCUACAGCAACCCCCCUGUUUACCACGGCGGCUCCCCCAGACGCAGCCCUGCAUCUCCGCAGUUUCCCCGCGGGGCUCCGGUGAAUCCUUCCCGGAGGCCUUACGGCUCCGCUCUCUCCAUCGAUGUUUCUCCAGAAAAAUCUUACACCCGCCCGACCCCUAUUGUCCAGCCAUCGAGUCGAAUAGAAGUUCUCCCUGUUGAUAUUGGUGCCGGGGGAUACUCGGGCAAUUCCGGGUCACCAAAGAGUGGCAAAUUCAUCCUUCCUCCAGUGGAUUAUUUGCCGGAUCACAGAAAAUGGUCAGAAGUGGGUUACACUUUGAGGCCCGAGACGCAUGGACCCGCGUGGACUCGCGAUGCCAACCAUAGCCACUUAAGCAGUCAACCAAAAUACCCCGCCUUUCAACACGCCCCCUUUCAGGACCGCCCCCUCCCCGCAGUUUCAGUGGACAGCCCGGCGCGGUACAGGACUUGCCCGGCUCUAGAAGACGCCGGCUCGCCCGGGUAUCAGUAUUCAGGGCCCCCUCCCCCAGCCUAUCACUACAGAAGCCGGGGUGGACUCUCCAUUCAGGAAUCAGUAUUGCUGUGAGAAUUUUUCCUGGCAACAGACAAGAGAAUAGAAACCAUAUGAAACCUACAUUGCUAUGUUUGUAAUUGCCAAAGCAGUAUUUUAUACCGUUGUAAACCACUCGCACAGCUCUCACGUCUGUCAGUACUAAGAGUGUAUGGAAGUGUCUUCAUCCCCACCGAAUGCUGCUUAAGGUGACCUUUUAAUUUGCAUCAUCACUGAACCUGUUAAAGAGACUUUAACGUGGAAACAUAGCAAUAGCAUUUAGGGAUGCACGCACAGUUUCAUUUAGAUCAUUCUUCCGAACCUGAAUAGUUUUACUCUGUUAGCCCAUUCUCUUUUGAGUAAUGUUACAAAGCACUGAAAGACUGUAGAAUAGAUAUUUUUAAGGCCACAUGUAGUAGUGUAUGUGUCUUUUAAUAGCUGUUAUAGGCAUCUAUGCAUACACGCUUGAACACAGAACUCAAGAAAUGUCAAAAAAGAAAACUACUUUUAAUCCAGAUCCAUGGGAUAAUUUAUUCUUCUUUUUCCUAACUUGUCUUCUAGUCAAGUUUUUGUUUUUGUUUCUUUUUUCUUUUUAACCCAGGUCCUAAACUGAUUUGAGGGUUUGCCCUGACUUGAUUAAGCAUGUCACAGAAUGCUCAGCUUUCUCAUUCAGUUGCUGGCAUUUUCUUUCAGUCUGAAAACUGGGAGACUUUGGAGAGAAAGGUUAGCCACUUAAUGGUGCUUACAAACCAGGGCAGUUAGAGCAAGUUUAUGGCCAGAGGUGCAGUGCUCGGUGUAUGCACGUUCACCGCCCUGUUUGUGCAUCUGUGCCCUUUGUUCUGGUCUGACUCUCGCCAAGCUCAGAGCAGAGUGUUCCUUGCCAGAUGCCCAGGAAGUGCCGCAGUACAGCUCUCCAGCAGAUGCCAGCAGGAGAAGUUGCAAGUCACUGAUCAUCAAGCUUUCACACAGGGCAGCAGAAAAAAACUCCUUUGAAAUUCAUUUGAAAGCAGGAUUAGCAAUAUGGUAACUUCUUACUUCUGCCCCUUAAAUCCCCGCAGAGCUUCCCACAAAGGGCCCAGAGUGGCAUUUCCGUGAUCUUUUCCUGGCCCGCGUGCUUUAAAGAAUGUAGUCACUGUGUGUUGCUGCACAUGGGCCACUAAAUUAGCAUCGUGUUAAAUUGUAAAAAAAUGAUCCUAAUUAUUACUAGGAAUUGAAGAUUUUGGUUUUUUUUUUUUUCAUAGUAUGACUUUCAUGCUUUCAAGUCAGUUUUUUUGUUUGUUUUUUUCCUUGAUUUGUUUCAGUGAAAAAAAUUCAGGUUCAUAGUAAAAAAAAAAAAAAACAAUUAGCAACGUCUUUUAAAAUAUUACACUACAGUUACCAAAACACUGACCAAGUUUUGGGCACUCCAAGAAGGUAUGAGUUUGGGUUUCACUGGAGAGCUUGUUUUCAACAUUACUUUGCUCCUGUUUGAACAGUAGGGAGAGAAUACAGAUCCUGCCAUUUAAUGGUCCUUCCUGUUGCAAGUUGGGGCUUUAAGCUUUCAAGGUACAGAAGUAUGUCUUUUAAAAUGAGAGUAACAUUUGUUUAGCUAGUGAAUGUGACAAUAUUUUUUAUGUAUAUAAUGAGUCUAAUGUAAUUUUAAUCAACUGGGUAAUGAUGUUAUUAAAUGGCAAAACAAAUGCAGUGUAUUAGCAGCUAAGCACUGCAAGGCAAAAUCCAGACACUGGCAGGCUCCUGAUUCAGAUAAUGUGGACACUUAGAAAUAAAUGUAUAUAAACAUGUA